AUGUUCUUCAUCGUGGACUUGCAUCGCAAUGUUUGUAUCAAGCCUGGCCAACUAGGACCGAACUUCGAACAGCAUGUGGCCGACACGCUGCGGAGCGACAUUGAAGGACGGUGCAUCUCUAAGUACGGCUAUAUCGUGUGCGUGGUGCGCUUGUUGGAACGCGAGAAGGGCCGGGUGCAGGACGGUAGUGGGAACAUCAUUGUGCCCGUCAAGUGUCAGGCUGUGGCCUUCCAGCCAGUCAAGGAGGAGGUCAUGGACGGCGUGAUCGUGAGUGUGAACUCGAUGGGCUUCUUCGCACAGUGCGGACCCAUCAAAGCCUUCGUGACGGCAUCCAAUCUUAGCGGCGAUUACAAGCAGCACAACGGCGUGUGGACCGACGGGAGCACGCGCCUCGGUGUCGAUCAGGACGUGCGCAUCCGCAUCCUUGGCUAUAAAUACGAAACUAACGGCAUGACCGCCGUCGCUCAGAUGGACCAGGACUUCUUGGGGCCGCCUUAG